UGAUUAAUUUGCUCUGCUUUCAAAGCAAACAAAACUUUGUAUUUUGGUUCUGAAUAUUGAAGGAGCUAAACUGAAACUACAAUAUAUAUGGCUUCUACAGGUGGUGGGAAAGAUGGAUCUAGAGGUUUUGUGAAGAGGGUUACAUCAACUUUCUCCAUUAGGAAAAAGAAGAACACAACAAGUGAUCCAAAACUUCUUCUUCCACGAUCGAAAUCAACCGGUGCUAACUAUGAAUCCAUGAGGCUGCCUCAGGGGAAAAAGGCUCUUCCAGAUGCUACAACAAAAGACACUAAGAGGACUAAAUCUGCAGGUGUUUCGCCACAACCAAGGCGUGAAAAGAUCGAUGAAUCCGGUAAACAGUUUAUGAAGAUGAGAUGUUUUGAUGAUAAUGACUCCAUUUGGUUGUCUUCAGAUUGCGCGUCUCCUACGUCUCUUUUAGAGGAACGAAGAUUGUCUGUCUCGUUUCAUUUCUCAGUAGACGAAAAGAUCGUCUCAUGGUUGUCUAGUGUGGCGAACUCUUCUCUGUCUUUAAAUCAAGAAUCCACCAGAUCAACCAAAGAGAAUCAUCAGCAAACAAGUUCAAAGAACGCAAAAUGUUCUUUGGAAAACAUUCGAAAGGAUGGAAAAUUUUGCAACUCAGCUGGGAAAGCUCGUGGAACUGGUUCUGCAAAGCCGUCUUCGCGUUUACCAGAAAGCAACAACAAGCCUUGUCCUCAGAAACCAUGUGAAAAGUCAUCUAGUUCCAAUAGAUUAGUGAGUCCUGAUUUGACUUCACAGAGCCCUGAAGAAAAGAAAGUUAGCUUCUCAGUAGAAGAAACAGAGAAGUCUCCUUCACCGGUUAAUUCAACUGCCGUGCCAUCUGGUCUUACUAAUACCACCGCGACAUCCUCGUUAAAGAAGAGUGCAGAGAUUAAGGACUCAAAGAGCAAGAUUGCUGUGGAGCCACUUUUCUGGCCAUUUGAGCAGAAGUUUGAUUGGACACCAGAGGAUAUCUUAAAGCAUUUCUCCAUGUCUCCACGGAGAAAGAAGUCGCUAGGAUCCAAAAUUGCAGGUACGUCUCCAAGAUCAAUGAGGGCACAACUCCAAACAAGAAAGCUAGAUCUCAAAGAAGGGUGUAAGAGGAAGCUCAUGUUCAACGGUCAUGGAUCAAAUUCAAAACCAACAAGGAUCCCAGAACUAAACAGAACAAUCAGCACUAGCAGCAACAACAGUUGCACCAAGAAGACCGAGAUCAGUAAGAACGAACAACCUAUAAGGAACAGUGUGAAGAGAAACAAAAGUUUGCCGUCGAGGUUGAGAAAAUCGAGCAAAAUAUCUUCAAAGGUGGUACCUGUUGAAGCUGCAGAUGAGACUGUAGAAAUACUUAAGGAGCAAAAAACACCUAAGAAGCUCAUCAUGACACGCAAAUCCAGGACAUUCUUAGAAGAUGACUUUGCUUUGAUGAAUGAUUUCUCUAUAGAAAAGGCGGUCGGGCUUUGCGAGUUCAGGGGAAGAGAAGGCAUAGAUUCAGAUUUCAACACUGAUGGUUUCUUGUUUGACGAUUCUCUAUGAAAAGAGAAGGCUUUACAGGUUCAAUAACCCGAGGAUAUAGCAUCAUAGUGUAUACUUGCCAAACAAUCAUCUGCAUUCGCGACAAUUUUGUUCUUGGAUUGGUUAUCUGUGAGAUAGUAAAUACAGGUAGCAUUUAUAUGUACAUG